GCAUGACAUUUCCCAAUAACAAGUCCUGCCAGAAAAUCGCUUGCUCCAGCCUUAGGUUUGUUUGGCUACGAAGACAACGCGUUGGGUAAAAGAAAGAAAAAGGUUUGUAUUUUUGGGCAAAAAACUCAACAAGAAGAGAAUCCCAAACACGGUGCUAUUUAGAAAAGAUGCCGAAGGCGAAGAUCGCACCGUCGAUGCUGUCAUCGGACUUCUCUAACUUGGCCUCUGAGGCCUCUCGCAUGCUUCAAUGCGGCGCCGAUUGGCUCCACAUGGACAUCAUGGAGGGUUGCCUCAACUUAUGUGCUUUCUUUUUCAGACACUUCGUCCCAAAUCUUACGAUUGGUGCUCCUGUCAUUCAAAGUCUUAGAAAGCACACAACGGCAUAUUUGGAUUGUCACCUUAUGGUCACAAAUCCUCUUGACUAUGUGGAACCAUUCGGAAAAGCUGGUGCUUCAGGUUUUACAUUUCAUGUCGAGGCAUCCAAAGAUAAUUGGCAAGAACUUAUCCAGCAGAUUAGAUCAAAGGGCAUGAAGCCUGGUGUGGCUUUAAAGCCAGGAACGCCUGUUGAAGAUGUUUAUCCACUGCUUGAUGGUGAAAAUCCUGUGGAAAUGGUUCUUGUUAUGACUGUGGAACCUGGAUUUGGUGGGCAGAAGUUCAUGCCCGAAAUGAUGGACAAGGUACGUGCACUGAGAAAGAAGUAUCCAUCACUUGAUAUAGAGGUGGAUGGUGGUUUGGGGCCUUCGACCAUUGAUGCAGCAGCGUCGGCAGGGGCAAACUGCAUUGUUGCAGGAAGUUCAGUGUUUGGAGCUUCUGAGCCAGCUCAAGUUAUAUCACUUAUGAGAGAGAGUGUGGAUGAAGUGAAGUGAAUCAAGCGAAAUUGAAACAGGAAAGAUACUUACAUUGGUGAUUGAGGACUCAUUGUUCAUUCAGAGCUUGUGCUAAUAAGGUCCUUGAUGUAUUAUGAUUAUGAAAACGAAAUGUAAUGAAGUGAUAAAAUGUAGUCCCAGGAUUGGGUUGUGGUAAAAUGUUUGAUAAUUGGACACAGCUUUCUUUCAAUUGUGUAAUCCCAGGAUUUGCAAUUUGACAACUUGAAGUUGCGUCAAUAGUCUUUCUUAUA